CAAAGAUCAUCUCACCCUAGAGUCAAGACGAUGAGGAGUAAUCUCAUGUUGUUUAGCAGCGUGUUGGUCUCAUAUACCUGUCUUGUAUGGUUCCUGCAUCGCCGAGUGUCUACAAUCUAGCAAGUGUUCAUGUAAUGCACUGUUGUGGUGCUGGCCAGACCACUUUACUUUCGUGCACAUUGUUACUCUUUUAACUUACUUGGGAUGGAGAAGCUACGCAAGAUGGGAAAGAAUCAGCAGAAGUUUGCUUUGUUGUUGGCCGGACGGUGGUUGAUAAGAAUGUUGGAGGGUUGAGAAAUGGAACUCAAGAAACAAGUUUUCUCCAGCAGCAACAGGAGAAGAAGUGGUGAAGAAGAUCUCCAUUCAUUCAAGAAUAUUUUUUGUGGUUCUUUACACUCUUCUUCUGUAGUGAGAUAAGGCAAUUGACUGUCCGUUUCACCUCUCAGUUUAUAACUGGAAAGCAUACGAGUCAGAGAGAUCAUCCCGUGCCUUGGCGUGAAUGAAGAAAGAUCGACGACGAUGAUGACGACGACGAGGUGUUUUUCUAAAUCCUCUUCCUCGCUCGUUCAUCCAUUCAUUCAUAAAAUCGGGGGGCACAAGUCAACAGAUGUCCGUUUCUCCGUCCACGCUCGUUUAGUGAUCUCGUGAACAAUUGGGAAACUCAAUCUCGACCGAGUGUAAAGUGUAUAAAGAAAGAAGAGAACUUGAGAAAUAUUAUGCACAUAUCGUCGUGGUGCUUUAAGAAAUAGUGUGAGCAACAACCAAGUGACUUCUAAAAUAGGUUGAGAUUGUACCGUUGAAUCUUUAUUUGGCAGGCAAUCCAAAGUGAAAACACAAGAGAUCAUGAUCAACAAUAGGAACGAGAAUAUGCAGUGAUGUGACGCAGGAAUAUACUGCGUCUCACGUAUGCAUUCACGAAUUAAAAGUGGUGGAAAAUCUGCUGGGCUGCAGUAUUUAGUAAUUGCUAAAAAUGUAUGAAUGAGACUUGUGAUAAUCUGAUAAAGUGAGUGCCAUGAGCAUUCAGGAGUAUGCAGAUUUAAUUAUGGAUAGUGGUAGUUGCCCAAUGUCGUUUUGCAUGGAGUUACCCGACGAUGACCAAAUAGUGCCCCAAAUUGACCUUCUGACCUCAACUGAUUCUUCCAUUCUGGAGACCCACGGCGGCUUCGGCAACGGCGGCGGUCAAGCCGUCAAUAGUCAUUCUGGUCCAAUUCAGAACAAUUUUGACAUUGGAUUCGCUUCACAUCAGGAUAAACGCGAUCUGGAUAUCUGUUUUGAGAAAAAACGUGACACUCAGCACCAUAAUCAAGCCAUGAUUCCAGAAAGUCCGCAAAACCAGCAUUCAAUGUCACUUAACCAGAGAAUGAUGGUCCCAUCCGCACAACAAUCCCACACCCACCAACACCAAAUGUUGUACUCCUCCUCCUCUCAAGUCCAAAAUCAAUCUCUCCUGUCCGCAAACCAAUUCUACGAUGACAAUAAUUUCCUUCGACCCAGCCCAAUGACUUUGCCUCCUUGGGAAGAUUUCGUCAAAAUUGAGCCCAAUACUCAAGAUAUGUUUGGAGACUUUGGUUGCAAUGUCCCCAUUUCCUCUGGUGGAAGCACCCUUCCCUCAAUUCUGGAUGACAUGGGGCAAUCUUCACACCAGCCAUUUACAGUCCCUUGCAUGGUCCACCCACCCACGAUAGGCCUGGGAGGGAUGCAGGACCCAAAUAACCCCAACCUACCACUCCACAAUCAAUAUAGAUAUGCCACCUUCAAGAUGAAUUAUCCACAUUCACCUUUUCAAAGAAAUUAUCACCAUCCCUCACAUUUGCAGCAAAUGCAAGAGUCAGAAUCUCCUGUUGUGGCCGAAGUGUUACCUCGCAGAACACCUCCCCCACCGUAUUACAAAGGAUCCUCAGGUUUGGAAAAACGAGUCCAGCAGCAGCAGCAUCCGCCCCCACCCACGAUAGCCCCAGCCCCAGUGGAACCCCUCACCAUCAAAAGUCCCAGUGCAGCAGGAACUCCUCAGUCUCACUCCACUCCGCGAUACAACAGGAGGAAUAAUCCUGACCUGGAAAAGAGACGGAUCCAUCAUUGUGAUUUUCCUGGUUGUACCAAAGUGUACACGAAAAGCUCUCAUCUCAAGGCUCAUCAACGCUUGCAUACUGGCGAAAAACCUUACCGAUGCCAUUUUGAUGGAUGCUCUUGGAGAUUCGCAAGAAGUGACGAGUUGACCCGACAUUAUCGCAAGCACACGGGGGCGAAACCUUUUAAAUGCAAAGUAUGUGAGAGGUCUUUUGCUAGAUCGGAUCACUUGGCAUUGCACAUGAAGCGUCAUUUACCUAAACCAGGGAAGAAUCAAGCUCAUUUUACCACGAGCAGUGCCAACCAUCACGGGAAUUGAGGUCUGAGUACGUAGUAGAAAUAAUACCAACCAACACAAUCAGCUUUACCUUACUUCAUAGGAACAAUUGUUGUUCUCUUGUCCUCAUAAAAUACCAAUGCGUACAGAUAAGAUUAAUUUAUCGUUAGUUGUAGUCAUCAUAAAGUGUGAAUUCUACUUGUGCCAUAAUUGUCUUAUUGUAAUGAGAUGAAAUUUUCGUGUUUUCAUUCGCAUUUAGAAUAAGACAGAAUAAUUGGAAUUUUAACGAGUGUGCCAGAGUCCAAGACUCCAAUCUCCAGAGAGAGUGCCAAUUAACCGUCCAUUAUUAAGUUACAUACAUACAUUUUGAAGUGGGAGACAAUACAUAUUAUUACCGACAGAGAGAGGCUAUUUAGCAUUAUAUCACCACCACCACAAACUUUUACAUUCGUACAUUUUAAGAUGAAGAUGAACAAAUUCUCUUGUUCCAUCUAAUUACGCUUUUGCAUUUUGAUAUUUUCUAGUUGUUAAGUGAAGACGUUAUUUUUUCAAGAGAAUAAUGAUGUGAUGUGAUGAAUAAAUCAAGUAAUUUAUAAAAGAUUAAAAUCAUAUAGAUAAAUAUGAUUACAAUUCUGACAACAAAUUGACCUAACAAAGUUUUAUAGUAAGUCAUAAAAUAAAUCUGAUGCCAUUACAUGUGCAAUAUUAAAAGUAAACGAAAACACGUCACAGUUUAAUUAAAUUGUUGACACCUGUUGUAAGAGAUUAUUAUUGUCUUAUUUAUAUAGAGUUGUGCCCCAAACAAAACUGGUCUAUAAUUAAUAGCUAAUAUUUUACCUGUUGAUAAGAAAACACCUAAAACCUGAUUUAUACAGAGUAAGGAAUUAAUGAAUCUUGGGGUAAAGUAUAAAAGUUCUUGUGCAUUGAUAGUUGGUUAGAGCAAAUAAAAUCUCGCCUCGUUUCUCGUUAUGUCACAACAGACAGAGUGAAAUUAAUGGAAGGAUGAUGAUGCUAGUGUUACCAAUAUUUUGUACAAAAUCACAUUUUAUGAAAUAUUUUACUUUUGCACCCGUGUCCAUCUCAUAUACAUACAUUGUUUCUUAUGUAUUAUUACGUAUGUACGUUGCAGAAGAGGUUACCCGAGCAUACCCGCAGCGUAUUGUUUUGCUUGCAGGGAUGUCUGUAUGUUAUUGUUAUUUUUAUCAUUAUUGUCAUUAUUAUUGUUAUACAAUUUAUUUUUCUCAACAACAUUUUAGACUAUGAAUUAGAGCUUUUAGUGUAACCGAACAUAUUAUAUAUUCCCACAUCCACACAAUGUACGAUACAUUCGAUGUGGUAUGAAAAGCCACGCAAAUAAACGUACUGUGCCACAUCAGUAAAAAAAAAUGA